UAAGAUGGCGACAGGAUGUCGUCAUCGCUAUGCGCCAGCUGUCGACAGGAGGACCCGGGCCGCUCCUCGGUUUGUGCUUGGGGACAGUUAGUUGUUUCGGUUCUGACCGGCGGCUCGAAGAUGAUGGGCUCGGCCCGAGGUGGGGUCCGUGGCGGACAGGAUCAGUUCACCUGGGAGGAGGUGAAGGCAGAUAAACACCGAGAGAAUUACCUGGGAAAUUCGCUGAUGGCACCUGUUGGACGAUGGCAGAAAGGGAAGGACCUCACCUGGUAUGCAAAGGAAAAAAAAGCAGAGGGGACACAGUCUCGCAGUGAAGAGUUGAUGGCUGUACGGAGAGCUGAGCAAGAAGCCCUAAUGGCAGCACUAGGGUACAAGAAUCCCAAAAGGAAACCCACCGGAAUAACAAAAGAAGAGCUGUUAGAAGUCUGUAAACGUGAGACUGUGGAACCAGACAGCAAAGAUGUUGACAGAGUCCUUGGACUUGGUAGUUCCAGUGGGACCGCGUCCAGAAUGAUGCUGACCAGAGAGGACCGUGAGGCGGUUAAGCUUGGACUGGCUGUUUUUACGCACCACAAAUUUGACGACACCAGCAAGUCAUCAAGCCAGAAGCGGAAAUCAGAGCCACAUUCUGGAGAACCUGAGACCCUGAGGUUUGAGGGCCAGAAACGACACAAGAAACAGAAAAACAGCAAAAAGAAGAAAAAGGAAAAGAAGAGAAAAAAGCACAAGAACCGAACAAAGUCACCACCACGGGUGUCAAGCCAUCGCGACAGGAAAUACCAUUCAUCUGAGCAGAAGACAACAGCAUAACAUGGAUUCUUCUGGGGGAGAGUGGAACUUCUAAAUCAGCAGACAAAAGA